AUGGAUUAUGAAACGAAUGAAAUCUUAGGUAAACAAGCGUUCUAUUGUGAAAUAUGUGGUGCAUAUGAAAGCCCAGUUUGGUUUCAAAACCGGCGAGCGAAAUUUCGGAAACAGGAACGUCUGGCACAGCAGAAAGCCUCCAAUCAGAAUCAAUCAAACAAUUCAGCCGACAGUCCCAAUCCUCCAUCGAUCAAAGCGGAAGGUGCCGGCACAACCACAAAGAACGGCCAAGGGAUGCAGAAGGAUGUGAAACCAAGUUCACCGAAUUCCAGCGUUAGCACCACCCCUAAUUCGAAUACCAGUAGCAUAUCGAGUCAUCAUUCUUCGAAUGGUAUCGAUAUCAAACCUGCUAAUAAUGGUAAACUUUCGGACGAAUCGAUGUCCAACAACAAUAAAUGGGCUGCAAUGAGCCCGCAGUCCUGCAACACCGCCCUGCUGGUGCAACAAGCCAACAAAGUUUUGUCCUCUCAGCCCAGCCAUCUUCAGUCACACCAUGCAGCUGCUGCUGCUGCUGCUUUGUCAUCACCAUUCACCUCUUUGCUGGGACCGAGUGGUGCUGCAUCUUAUCUACUGGGCGACCAUCUGAAACCGACCGCUGCAAAUCAUUUAUUUUAAAAAUUGUGUUUCUAUGGACUUAGCGUACCCCUUAAGUAUCAUCUCAGUUUAUGUGACUUUUUUUAAAUGUUGUGUUUGGAUCCUGUACUUACUAGUAAGACUAUCCGAAACUUUUGCGCAUUCAACGUAAGUAAGGAAAAUAAUAUGGAAUCCGUCUUCGACUUGAAUUUAUCUAGUUAUACGACUUGUAUACGGAUGAAUGUGUAUAAUAAAUGAUGCAAAAUAUCUAUACUCUUAUACGAUGAUUUUCAUGUGGCUCUUACAUAUUUUUGUAUUUUAAUUUAAAUAAAUAUCGUCCUUCAUGCACAUGUAAUGUGGUAUUAGAACGAAUAAAUGUGCAGUUAAUGUAUUUUAAAAGAUACAAUUUCUAAGUUGCCUUUGUUUGUUUUUUACAUUUUUUAUAUGUUUUAUAUAUUUUUUAUACUGUUUAUUUGUUGAAGGAAAACGCCUGAUUCAGUGAUCCUUAUUAUUACCAUGGGCGAGGAAACUGACGAAUAAAUAUUUUAUAAAGUUUUGUGAUUUUUAUAAUAUUGUAAAUAUGUGUAAAUUAUUUGGUACAUCGUCCAAUAGCCAGUUAAGUCGAGUAGUUGUAAGAAUAGAAUCUUCCGAAUUUUAUGAAAUACACUCAUUAGGCGACAUAUUGAUUUUGAUUCAAAGUAUAAAUUAUAAGGGCUAUAAUAAUUGUUUUAUGCAAAUAACUGUAUAGUAGGUAAGGAAACUUCGGUUCUAUCAACUUCACUAAGUGGAAUGAGCAACUAAGAGGGAUAAUUGUAAAAGUUACUAAAGUAGAGUGCUAAGAAUGUUACCGAUUGACAAAGGGGAAAAGCCAUUAAAUCUUAUUUUAUUAUAUUUUUAGCACAAUAUCAAUGGAAGUAUAUUAGUCGUUUUUACCCAUCGUACUGUUAGUUGCUCAGUAAGUACAUAUGAUUUUAUAAAAAACGUAGAUUUUAGUGUUAAUUUCAUUUCCAAUCCAAUUUCGGUUUUUGACAGUUGAUCACUAAUAAACCUGUUGGAUCAUUUCGGAGAUAAUUCUAGAGAAUAACACACGAAAAACGUCCAAAGAAAUUCUCAUUAAUUUUUUAAGCUCUGACAUGGUAUUUAAAUUAGGAAGCACCUUUCUGAUUUUUUAUACUUAUCCAGUGGUUGACUGUUAUUAAGCUUAUGGCAUCCCUUCCAGAUUUUGUCUAGUCCAUUUAUGUAAAGUAAGAAUAAAGACAUUGUUUAUUUAAU